AUGUGUGGGUCUGAUAAGAAACUUGGAGAAAUUAGAGCUCUUAUAUUAGUAGGAGGUUAUGGGACUCGGUUAAGGCCUUUGACAUUGAGUAGACCAAAGCCCCUAGUUGAGUUUGCUAAUAAACCUAUUCUACUUCAUCAAAUCGAGGCUUUGGUUGAAGCAGGAGUCACACAGGUGAUAUUGGCUGUGUCGUAUAGGGCGGAAGAUAUGGAAAAGGAACUGACAGAACAAGUUUCUAGACUUGGUGUUUCUCUCACAUUCUCUCAUGAAACUGAACCGUUAGGCACCGCUGGGCCCCUUGCAUUAGCCCGGGAACUACUGAGUGCAAGCCCUGAGCCUUUCUUUGUGUUGAAUUCUGAUGUGAUAUGUGACUUCCCAUUCAAAGAACUUGCCAAAUUUCACAGAAGCCAUGGAAAGGAGGGCACUAUAGUUGUAACAAAAGUUGAAGAACCAUCAAAAUAUGGAGUUGUUGUUUACAAAGAAAAUGGCCAGAUUGAAAGUUUUGUUGAAAAACCACAAGAGUUUAUAUCAAAUAAGAUUAACGCUGGAAUGUACAUUUUGAACCCUUCGGUAUUAAGUAGAAUAGAAUUGAGACCAAUGUCUAUUGAAAAGGAAGUGUUUCCGUUCAUGGCAACUGAUGGCCAGCUGUUUGCAAUGGAACUACAAGGCUUCUGGAUGGACGUAGGACAACCCAAAGACUUUUUAACAGGCAUGUGUUUGUACCUCACAAGCUUGCGGCAGAAGAAUUCGAAUAAGUUAUAUGAUGGCACUGGAGUGGUCGGCAACGUUCUAAUAGAUCCUACAGCCACCAUUGGGAAGGGUUGCAGAAUAGGACCCAAUGUCACUAUCGGACCAGACGUCGUUAUUGAAGACGGCGCUUGCAUCAAACGCAGCACAAUACUUCGCGGUGCAUGCGUCCGUCAACACGCCUGGCUUGACGGCUGCAUCGUUGGCUGGCGCUCAGUUGUAGGCCGCUGGGUGCGAAUGGAAAACUGCACGGUUCUUGGCGAAGAUGUCAUAGUGAAAGAUGAGUUAUACGUGAAUGGAGGGCAAGUGUUGCCUCACAAAUCCAUCGCCCUCUCCGUACCAGAGCCACAAAUCAUCAUGUAA